UCGACAUAGUGUAUUAGAAACUACCAACUCACCGGAAAACCCAAGAGGAGUUGCUCGUGGUAGCCGCUUCCAUACCAGUAACCUGAAGAUCGCUGCACUGCUUGGAGAAUUGAUCUGAUCGGAAUCAAUCAUUCAUCAUCAAUGGAGAUGGAGACAGAUGAAGGUAUAAACAGUCUUAAAGCUCGCAUAGAAACUCAACACAAGUCGCACAUGUACAUGCUUUCUUCUGUACAAUCUGUUAUACCUAAUUUUGUUUCUUCUCUCGACCUUUCUCUCAAAGUUCUCUCUUCUUUCAACCACCGUCCUUUUGCUCCUACACCUCCUUUAACCAAUUUCAACCCUCCCAAAUCAUCAUCUCUCCAACAACUACCUCAAAAACCUUCUGUUAAAACCUUGAAAACCUCUCUUGUUGUUACUACAAAUCCAGUAUUAGAGAAAGUUACUCCUUUGUCCGUUGUUCUAUCAAUGGUUGCUGUUUGUCUUUUAAGUCGACUACCUUUUAUGGAAAUUGAUUCUUCCACUCUAUGGAGGAAAUUGGAGAAUGAUGAAACCUUUACACCACAAGACAAAGCUGCAUUUCAAGAGCUUGCUGGAGAUUCAGGAGGGCCAACGCUUGCAGUCGAGAUAGCUUUGAGAUCAAUGGCAGAUGAUAAUGGUGCAGUUGAAUUGGAAGAGUUUGCUGUAAGUGGUAAAUCAAGAAUUAUGGUUUUGAAUAUAGAUAGGACCCGUCUCUUGAGACAAUUGCCUGAAACUGCACAACAUCAGCUGCAGCAACAGCAAGAUGAACUGAGUCUCGGAGAUGGUAAUAUGAAUCAAAAUCAGCAACAAAUUGCAAAGUGUAGUAUGAAUUUGGAGGAUGUUGAUGCUUUAAUUAAUAAGAAAUCAUUUAGGGAGAUGCAAAAAUAUGAAACUGCUAAGGAGCUUUUAAAAAUUAUUCAGACUCCAAGCAUAAGGGAGGCUGCUGUAGCUGCCAAGUUCAAAACUAAAGGUGGUUCUCAGAUGAGACCAUAUUGUGACUUACCAACAAAAGAAGACUGUCGACGCCGGACUGGUUCCUUUAUAGCAUGUAAUAAGCUUCAUUUUAGACGAAUCAUUGCUCUUCAUACUGACAUUAAUUUGGGAGACUGUCCUUUUCUUCGUACUUGCCGGCACAUGAACACAUGUAAAUAUGUUCACUAUGAGGAAGACCCUACACCUGAUUUGCCUCCAACAAUGAUGUGUGCUCCUCCUCCUCCUCUCAAACCACUAAAGCAGCAGCGUGCUGAGUAUUGUUCUGAAGCGGAACUAGGCCAACCACAAUGGAUCAACUGUGAUAUACGUAACUUUAGAAUGGAUAUAUUAGGUAAGUUUGGAGUAAUAAUGGCUGAUCCACCGUGGGACAUUCACAUGGAGCUGCCUUAUGGAACAAUGGCGGAUGAUGAAAUGCGCACUCUUAAUGUCCCUGCUCUGCAAACUCAUGGGCUUAUUUUUCUAUGGGUCACUGGGCGUGCGAUGGAACUUGGACGAGAAUGCUUAGAACGUUGGGGAUAUAAAUGUGUUGAGGAGAUCAUAUGGGUGAAAACAAAUCAACUUCAGCGAAUAAUUAGAACUGGACGUACGGGCCAUUGGCUCAAUCACAGCAAGGAACAUUGUCUUGUUGGGAUAAAGGGUAGUCCAGAGGUAAACAGAAACAUUGACACUAAUGUUAUUGUUUCUGAAGUCCGGGAAACAAGCCGAAAGCCAGAUGAGAUGUAUGCUAUGAUGGAGAGGAUAAGUCCCGGAACAAGAAAGGUGGAGUUGUUUGCUCGCAUGCACAAUACUCAUGCAGGGUGGAUGUCUCUUGGUAAUCAAUUGAGUGGUGUAAGGUUAGUGGAUGAAGGGCUGAGAGCAAGGUUUAAGGCAGCUUAUCCAGAUGUGGAGGUGCAGCCAGCAUCACCUUCCAGAGCUUCUGCUAUGGAGCUAGACUCUAGUGUUGCUGCUCAAACAACUACCUCUGCAAUGAUGUAGGGAACGUUCCUUUAUAAAGCUGAAGGAAAAAAGCAGUAUUUUGACCUUUCAUUUCAACCAUUUUUAGU